AAUGCUCUUGAAGGGCAUAUGACCUGUCCAGGUUUGCCCAACACUGCUACAGAUUGCCCAGCAGCUAACAAAGCUUUGUUUUCCCUAAGUUGGCCGACUUGUCUUUAGUAUGUAAAAUUGGCACAGUGUCAUAAACAUAAUGACCUUUUCAUACCUAUUAUGUAGUAUAUCAGUAAUGAUGAAUUAUUAAAUUAGAUUAUCAACUGUUCACUGUGAUUAAUUAUCAGUGAAAAUUAAUAAAAUUUUUGGAUGAAUUUUAUUGUUGCUUGAACAGUAUUUUGCAUACGUGGCAAUGAUUGCCACCAAUCAGGAAACAGGAGUUUCGAUAGGCGUGGCUUUGAACACGUACACUUGCUUGGAUGUCCGGCAGCCAUAAUUCUUGGGAAGAAUCGUCGUGUGUGAAUCUUGUCGUGAUUCCCGAUAGACAAACACAGUAUCCUGUUCGUUUUGCAUUCUUUAGUGGAAGCAAUUUACAGAAAAGAUUUUCGAAAUAGGCAAAAUGGAUGUUCAGACAGGAUUGGUUUACAUAGCAGUCGUAGUUAUUUCCGCAGCAGUUAUUGUUUUAGUGUCAAUGUUUGGUAUAAAGGAAAAGUCUUAUGAAGAAGCAAUAGCAGAACAGAGAAAACUUCCUGAUGAUCUUUUAUUCAGUAAGAAAGAUAAAAAUAAGGAGAAGAAACAUAAAAAUAAGACAGGGAAGAAAGUAAAAGAGAAGAAAGAAGAAAAGGAGGAAAAAGAAGAUAAAGAAGAGAAACCAGAACAUGUUCAGUUUGAAGAAAAUCCUCAAAUACUACCUUUAGAACCAUUACUACGGGGGGGUAGCAAAGGAAGUAAGAAGAAAAGCAAGGUUGAAAAGGUAAAACCAAUUCUUGUAAAUAAAGAUGAGCCAUUGGUUAUUGUGACUGAAUUAAGUUCUUCACAACCCUUCUCGGCAGAGGCUAAUCAUUUUGACCUCAUUCAGCCAAAGGACGACCUCGAACUCAUACGGAGUCAUAGUAAAGAAAAUUUACAACAAAUUGGACAGUCUGAGCCAGUUGCAAAUAAAUCACCAAAGGAAACUCCAACCAAAUCAAAGAAAAGUGUGAAGGACUCUGCAAAAAAAAAGGAUGAAAAUGUUAAUAAAGAAGAAAAAAAAGAGACUAAUGCAAAUGUUAAUGGACCAUCAAUUAACAAGGAUUCUGUAAAAGAAACAAAAGAUAUCAAAGAACAAAAAGAAACACCAGUAAAAGAGGUGAAAGAAAUUGUAAAAGAAUCUUUAGUUUCUACUCAACCUCCACCUAAAGAAUCUAAAAAGUCAAAGAAGAAAAAUGACAUCUUAGCACAAAUUGGCGGAGACAAAGAUGCUGUCAAUGUAUCCCUUUUGAUGCCUUUAGUUCAAAAAGCUGAACUCAGUCGUUCUGAAAUACAAAUCCUUAUUGAUCAGCUUUUAAAUAAACAAAUGGACAAUCCACCAGAACAUUCAGAAUGGACAGAGGGCCGUGCUGAUCCGGUUAUCAAAUUAAAGAAACAAUUGGCAGAAAAGGAAAAAGCUUUGGCAGACGAGCAUGAAGCAAACAUCGCGUUUCAAAAUAAACUGAAAGAAUUGCGAGCUGAACUUAAUUCUGAAAGAUCUAGAUUAUCGGCUAGCGUAAGACAACUGGAAGAAGCAUUAAAUGCAAAAGUAACAGAGACUCAGACUUUACAUACGCGUAUGCAACAUAUUUUGGAAAGUCAUGCCGCUGAAAAACAAGGAUUCACUAGACAGAUUGAACAGCUGCAAACUAAAGUAAACGAAAAUGCCGCAAUCAUUCAUAAAAUGCAAGAAGAUCAGGGACAAACUCAAGGACAUCUGCAACAAGAAUUGAUCGCACAGCGUAAACAGAUGGAAGUUCAGUUUGCACAGAUGCGUGAAAAUGAAAAUUCUUUAAAGACACAAUUAGCGCAGAAACACGUGGAAGUACAAAAUCUACAAAGUGAAUUGCAAGAAACUUGUGAAAGCACUACAGCUGAAAUAGAAAUGCUACAACAACAAUUAGGACUUAUGCAAAGCCAAUUAAUGCAUUCCGAAGGACAGUUACAACAUUUUAAAGAAGCUGGAGAUAGAUUACAGGAUGUUGCUAGACAACUUGAGGAAUCACAUCGCGCUCAUGCUGAUUUAGAUCAUAGAUUAAAGAAUGCUCAUCGUCAUGAACAAGAGCUUCAAAAGCAAGUAAACUCAUUGCAAAGUGAACUCAAUACUGUAAAAUCAGAAGCCAAUGAUGUUUCAGCAUUAAAAACAGAGUUGAAUAAAGCUCAGUCAGAGUUAGUGAAAUUAAAAUCUGAGUUAUCAGCUUCCAUGAAUGAAGCGAAAUCUGAAGCAGCUGAAAUUACAGCUCUUAAAAUGACACUGGUAAAUAAAGAAGAAGAGUUGAAAAAAUCUGAGGAGAAACUUAAUAAUGUACGAGUGGAGCUUAAUCAGUCAACAGAAAAUGUAGUAAAGUUGGAGACACAAUUAGAUGCAACACAAAAGAAACUGGAUACAGUUACGGUUGAAUUUGAAAAGGUAGUAGAAAAUUUGAAGAAGGUACAAGAAGAAGCUAAUACUCAUAAGUGUGAUGUGCAGAAGUUGGAAGAGCAAUUGAAACAAAAGGAAGUCGAAUUAGAAAAAAUCCGCGCAGAACUUCGAGUGGCAAAUGAAGCAACAAACGAAAUCAAAAUGUUAAAGGCUGAAAUAAACAGGUUACAGAGUAAUGACAAAAAAUUAAGUGAAACACAGUUACAAAUUACGCGAUUACAAGAAGAGAAUGAUAAACUUUCAAUGCAGUUGGCAAGUGUUACUGAAUUACAAAAACAACUGAAACAACUGCAAGAAGAGAAUGAAUCAUUGGCUUCUCAAUUAGCAGCAACGACUGAACGCCCAGCUGCAGAAGGCCGAGAAAAUGGAAUCGAUGAUAACGUUCAAAAGAAUGUACAACUUGUAGAACAAACUAAUUUGUUGGCCCAAAAGGAGAGUCAGUUAGAAGCAUUAAGAAAAGAGUUAACGCAUAAGGAGGCAGAACUCAGUCAACUAACUGCUCAGGUUGAUGCAUUGCGAAGCGAUGUGAACAAUCAACGCAGCCUCGCUGCUCGCUUGAGUAGUGAUUUAGAAGCUCAGAGAUCUAAAAAUAAUGAGUUGCGUAUGAAAAACUGGAAAGUGAUGGAAGCUCUUUCUGCUGCUGAAUCGCGUAUUAAAACUAGCAAUGGAAAGAACUUUGAUGAAGCUGCACAAAAGGUGAAAAUAGAACAAGAAGAUUUAACAAAGACUUUAUUACAGAGGAUAUUCCCAGAAGUAAAAGUAUCUGAAAAGUCAUAUGAUCAAUGGCUUAAAGUUUUCGAAGAAAAAGUAAAUGCAGUUUUAAUAGAUUUAAGAAAGAAGAAUGUAGUUGAAACGCAUUCAGACUUAGAAAAACAGAACAAAAAUUUACAAGGCUUGGUAUCACAUUACAAACAAAUCAUUGAUGAUACAGAAGGUAUGCUCUAUAAACUUCAAAGUCAUGUAGAGUCGGAAGAAGCAAGAUGGGAGGCUCAGCUUCGAAAGAAGGAAAAUGAAGUCGCAAAUCUUAGGCUUGAAUUGAACGAGCUCAUGAACAAAUUAAAUGCACAUGAAAAGUUACAAGCCAAAAUAGUAGAGUUGGAAACUAGGUUAAAAGAUGCAGAAUCUCUUAAAGAACAAACCAAUUCCCAAUUACUGGCGCAUAGGUCUGCACCAACAUCAUUUCCCAAUGAAAUAAAUACUCAUGAUUUAGCUGCACUGGAAAAACUUCAAGAGGAAAAGGCACGAUUAUCGGAAGAACUUCAAAUAGAAUGUAACAAAAGAGCAGCAGUAGACGCGGAAUUAGAUAAGUUACGUUCUGUAGUUACACAACUUCACCAAAAAAUGUCACAAAUUAAGAGCGAAGUUCGUGGAAAUUGUAGUAAUCCAGAACAAUCAGUGUUAAAUGGGCCGCCAACUUCCGAGUGUUCUAAUUCUGAGAAUACAGAGUUCACAAAUUGUUCCAUUAUCAAGCCCAUCAAUUUGGUUCAGUCUCCACAAGAAAUUGACAACAGCCCCUUAACUACAAAAUACUCCUCCAAAUCGUGUCAUAUGACAGAUCACAACACACAGCCUAGCUGGAAUCCGUUGAUGAGCCAGCAGCAUAAAAAGCACAAGAAAAAAAGGAAGUCCACUAAGAAACCCAUGGCAAAAGGGCGCAGAUUCGCAGUUAUAGAAACAGUUUGACAAAGAAGAACAAAAUAUAUAACAUUGCCAGCGUGGAAAGGAGCUAUGUGAAGAUGAUGGGUACAAAGAUGUAUGCAUAGCUACAUAUGGAUUAAAUUUUAAAAACACAAACACUGGGGGUGGUUCAGGAAAAAAAUAACUUCAAAGAGCAAGCUGCGUUAAUACAGUGCAAAAUCAGACAGUUGAUUAUGGAAAUAGAAGUAAAAUCACACAUACUCCAACACUAUAGAUCAACAUGGUAAACUUUGCUAUCGAAAAGACUAAUAUUCUGAUGAAAUGUUAUGUUUCGUAUAAAAAGAGUAUCAUAUUUUAUUAUGUGGAAAGAAAUAUAAAUAAUGAAACUUCUGUAGCUAGACACUAAGAAAUAAUGAACCUGGUGUUUGUCGUAAUUGCACAAAGUGAUGAACACAAAGAACUACAAUAAUUUAAAAAUUGCUGCAAUUGUGUAUUGUAAAUUACAUUAUGAAUAAUAUUGUUUUAAUAUUAUUUUUGUUAUACAAAUCAUGAAUAAGUUUCUAUAGUCUUCGUAGCGCUUUAUCUGAAAUUUAUUAUAUAUCAUUUAUAGAGUAAAAUUUACGUAUGUUACGCUUAAUGAAACGCACGAUACUUUAAAUCACGAAUGAUAAAACAGGUACUUUUAGUGUCCUUUGUUUUUUUUUUCUUAAUGAAAUAGCAGACACCAGAGUUUUAGAUAAUUUUCAUAUUGUUAAAGCAUUUGUAUACAAAGCUGAAAUCGUUAAUGAAUUAAUGUGCAAUAAAUGAUCGUGUUCACGUGAUCACAUGUAUAAAAAGUAAUAGUGUGUUCAAGACUGCUAGCAGGAGCAACUUUAAAUUGACGAACAAAUCGAUUUUACAAGAUCAAGAAAAAGACUUAAUCAUGCACAACUUAUAGAAAAUGUAAAAAAUUUGUUCAGGAGCACAUUUGAACACAAAAAUAUAAUAAAGUAAAUAAGCUAUAUUAAUAAAAUGAUGGUUUAAAUGAUUUUUAUAUACGAAAUUGGAAUCAUAAGAUAGAGUAAUUUAAAUACAAUUGGGGCAUUUAAAAGAGCGUUUAUUAAAGUUUUUAUGUUAGUUUAUUUUAUAAAAGAAUUAUAAUUUUUAUUACAGUGUUAUGUUACAGAAUGUUGAAGAAAGUAACAAUACUCUAAUUUAUAGUGUACUAGAUAUAUUGUUUCGUGAAGUAUAAUUAUAUCGUUUAUUUUGCAAAAAUAUUAUGCUGAAUACUGUACUUAUGUUUUACAUUUGGAUUAUUACAUACAGUUAAUAGAAAGUUUAUUGUUUUAUUUGACGUUAGAUAAUAUAUAAGUUUAAUCAAUAAUUUGUAAUUGUAGCAAAUUAUGUAAGUUAUUUAAUCACACUUUAAUCCGAAAAUUAAAACAAAAAAAAAUAAAGGUUUUUUAUUAGACAUAAUAAUUACAAGUAUUUAUGGUUUAUUUUAGUUUCUUUUUCUUUUAUAGUGUAAUUCCUAAAAAGACAGUUUUACAAAACGGGUACAUAUAAAAUAUCAGGUGUUAUAUAAGCAAUAUUACUUACGAAGAAUGCAAGGGAUAUACCUAUACAUAUAUGUUUCCUUACUAUAAAUCAAAAUAAAAAUGUUUUAAAUAUUA